AUGGCAGAAAACCUAAAAUGGAAUAGAGAGAAAUCAGGUAGAAAGGAGCAGCAAGUACAAAAUCACAGUCGAGAUCAAGCAGGAGCGAUUCACCUUAAAGCAGACAUUUCUCUCAAUCUUCCAUCGUUCAAUCCAUCUCCAUACGAGGAUUCAGGCAUUUCUCUCAAUCUUCCAUCGUUCAAUCGUUCAAUCCAUCUCCAUCUCCAGUGUGCUUCUCCCAGACAAGUCCCAGUGGUGUCUACAGGAUCUUUUGCAUUAGAUAUAGCAUUGGGAGUUGGUGGCUUUCCAAAGGGACGCGUAGUUGAGAUAUACGUCCCAGAGGCCUCUGGAGAGACGACUCUUGCUCUGCAUGUAAUUGCUGAAGCGCAGAAGCAAGGAGGAGAGCAGGAGGUGCCAGUAUCUAAUACCGGAUUCUAUGUACUGUAUUGGACAUAAGAUUAUGAAAUUAACUUAAAUUCCACCACAUUCUUUGA